AUGUCGACCGGCGAGCACCUCGCGCGUGUGUGUCCUGCGUGGAAAGACGUUAAAGGCUUAGACGACGUGGACGAAGCGCCGCACCGUAACGAGUUCUUCUGUAUCGAGUGCGAGGCGCACGAGUCGGAGCAUCGCAAGGGAAAUAGACGGAAGCACACGUUCCAGCCACGUUUUCCGACUUCUAAGGCUGCAAUUGAGGCCAAUAGAACGACGACGAACGUGGAGAUCGAUACGAUGCGAGCAGCAGUUGACUAUGAUGGUGUCGAGGAUGAGCUGGAUGGAGACACAAGCAGCAGUGAAGAACGAGAUCUUUAUUGCGAUUACCCGUCGCCAGACAGUCCAGUAAGACUUACCAAUGACAAGCUGGACACGCCCAAGUUCCUGCCGACGGCCAAGCGCGUGCGUGCACAGCUGCAAGAUGUAUGUGGAUUCCUGUCGGCGUUAGCGGUGGCGUCGGACUACAAGGCUGGAGAAGAGAUUAUUGACGAAAAGAAAUUUGCCGACUGUGCCGAGUUCUUUCUUCAGGAGAUGUUUGAACUGGGUAGACGAUACAAGAUCAUGAACCCAGAGAAAUGCGCGAAAAUUCGCACUGUGCACGAUGUGGCGGAAGCUGGUGGUGCUUUGGAUAUGUUACAUUCAGCGCCAGAUAAAGCAGAAGGAGCAGGCAUUCAAGCUUUGAGCGACAAGUACGAAAGCCGACGUUUCUCACGUGAUUGUCUCCAGCAGUGUCUGUACUCGAUCGCAGAUAACAAUUACCAUCUGUACUUCGAGCGCGACCCGAUCGAUCGCAUGAUUAAGCUUCUAAUUACGAAUUUCAACCCAGACGACGAGGAUGGAGAUAGUUCUUUGGCCAUCAUUAGCGGAAAUGACGGUGCACGAUUGUCCCAUUCGCACGAUCGGCAGUACAACUAUGUGCUUCAGUCUCUGACGCUCUGGCGCGAGAUCGCGCAUGACAUGUUCCGCCUGUGGUGUCUGACAGACGAGGACCUACUCACCGAUGUCACACGGUAUGAGCUGACGGAGACCGGUCAGGGUCUGCACCGCAUCCAGUCUGCGCCUCGUGUUUCUCGUGCCAUGCACGUUAUUCUUCCCUCUACUAUGCGCAGUUUAGACUCGUGGGUGGGCUCAAGUGUCAUCCGUUUUGGAGACAAGAAUGUCCCCAACGCGCUCAUGUUCAUCAUUACAACCAGCACACUAUUCUGGCAGACUUCUUCCGCGAAGCUUUCGGCGACAGCGGAGCGGACAAUUUUUUCGAGGCUGGAUCAUGCAUUGAUGGACGACUUACGAGCGAGCGCCUGGAAUUGGUGCUCGAACCUCCACACAAAGCCAUUCUUCCCUAUUUUCAAGAUUACAGGCUUUGUAGGCUUUGAUGGCAAGUUUGGAUAG